AUGAAGCUCCUUUCGCAAUUCGUGCUGACCUUGCUUGCGACACUGAGCGUGAUACAGGCAGCGUCUGUCGCGCCUCGAAACAACGACUAUUUUCUGUCGGAAUUCCUCGAUGCGCUCAACAAGAACAAUUUGACCACUUUGGCUAAUAGUUACGAGAAGAUCGCUCAAACUGAUGCCGGCGGAGAAGUCAUCGAUGCACUCAAGAAUAAUGGAAAGGUUACUCUUUUAGCACCCGAAAACGAGUCGUUCAAAUCCUCCACAGAUGAACUUGGAGCAAAUGUUCUCCUGUACAACACGAUAUGGGGAAGCAUCUACGAGCAUUUUAAACUUCCAAGAAUUAUCCCGCAGAGGCUCCACCCACGCGAUAUUGCUCAGACCGCAUAUCCCCGCCCUGCAGGUUCUCGCAAGAGAACAUAUAAUCUCCAAGAUUACCAAGUUCAAGUCAUCGAUCAGUUCUCCAACAACGACUCGGACAGUUGGAAGCGGUGGUCUAAUGAUCCCUUGAUCCUCAUUGACCGCGCAGUCGGGAGUGCAAAGGUCGUCGGGAGCUUCACCUUUAAGAACAUUAUUGUUCUCAUCAUCGAUAGUGUGCUAUCAUUACCGGGGAAAGUUUCUGACCUCCUUUGCAAGCCUCUUAUCAAAAACGCUCCCGAGGGAUUCGUUAAAUUCGGUUCGGCGCUCCAGAAAGCUGGCUUGUUGAACUCGCUGGAUAAUCGUGGCGCUCGACUCACGCUAUUUGCUCCGAUUGAUGACGAAUUUGCGACAUUGACAAGUUCUCCAAAGAAAGCUCAAAUCUUUCCUGAAGAAUCAUUUUUUCUUUGGCAAGGUGGUGUUCUCGCCCUCUUCCCAUCGGUUCGUAAGGCUACCGCCGAGUCGGGUAAGCAGCUGGAGUUCUUGUUUGAGAAUGACAUCAACUAUGUUCGCUGCGGUAACACAAAGGCGGCCGUGCUACGAAGCGAUGUGAUUUCCGAGAACGGAGUUCUUCAUGUCAUCGAUAGGCCUUUGAAGUGCGAUUAG